AAAAAAACGAAGGAUAUCACGCCUUACGUGUAUUUCUGGAAUUGUGUGCUCUGCAAAAACAAAAGGAAAAAAGGCAUUUAAUAAACAAAACAAGCGAAGGGCAAUCGCAAGAUAAAUAAUCAAUCAUCAAGUCUCUAUGAUUUAAAUAAAGGAUUCCUGAAUUCGAGAUAACGCUGCGUGAAUUCAGUAUUUAAAGCGCGCAACAUCGCAUCAAAGCACUCAUAUUCAUUCAUCACCGAAAUGUCAAGCAACGAAGAAUCCAUGGAAGAUAGCAAUGGCCAUUCAUUCGGUAAGGUCAAACAACGUUUCAAAGAUCGAUCCCAGAAAACGAAGGAGAAGACGAAACAGAUCUUGUCAAAACAAGCAGCACAGAUCGCUAAACGGGCCGAGGAACAUGAACGAUUCAUUAUCAAGGUGACUCAUCUGAUGGGUGUUCUUGGUUUUGGGGCAUUUUGCUUUAUUUUGGGUGCAAGGCCCAAGGAUAUUCGAUAUGUUUACUGUUUGUUCUAUGUCAUCUUUGUUCCUCUGAGAUGGAUCUAUUAUAGAUACAAGAAAUGGCAUUACUAUCUUUUGGACUUCUGCUAUUAUGCUAACACAAUUUUCUUAAUCACGCUUAUGUUUUUUCCUACUAAGGAGAAGCUGUUCAUGGUUUGCUUCUCAUUUGCAGAGGGACCUCUAGCAUGGGCAUUGAUUGUUUGGCGGUGUAGCUUAGUGUUCAGUUCAGUUGAUAAAAUUGUCAGUGUCUUUAUACAUCUUUUACCUGGGUUAGUUUUCUUUACAAUUCGCUGGUGGGAUCCUGAGUUUUUUGGAGCUAUGCAUCCUGAAGGGACCCCAGAACGAGCAUCAUGGCCUUAUGUAGAAAGCCAAUUCUACCUUUGGACUUGGCUAUUUUGGGUUCCAUUAGCUGCCUACUUUCUUUGGCAAGUUCUCUAUUAUCUCAUAGUAGAUGUCCUACGUCGACAGAGAUUUCUGCGCGACCCUGAAGUCAUGACAUCUUACAGGGAGCUCUCCAAAAAAGCAAAGAAAGCGAACAACGUAUGGUGGCGCGUUAGUGGUUUGCUUGGGGAUCAGAAUCGCUUGUUUAUGUAUAUUCUGCUUCAGGCCAUAUUUACGAUAGCAACUACAGCGCUCACGGUGCCCAUAUUUCUGUCAUAUAAGUUGCAUGUUGUAUUCCAAAUAUUCAAGGUUUCAGCGUCUAUAUGGAAUGGUGGAAACUUUAUGCUAGAUGUGAUGCCUAGACAAGUGAUUCUCAAGGAGGAAAAGAAAAAAUCGAAGAUGCCAACUGUCUCCGACCAGAACGAUCAGACUUCUUUGCACGAGAGCACAAUGGAAACUAAUAAUUCUUCUGAAACAGCCCAGUCUGAAUAAUGGAACUAAUCAUCUGACUUAGCCGUUUUUAACUUUUCUAUCUGCUUUACGUAUGAAUGGAAGGUUUAAGUUCGUGACUCACAAGUUGUAGAUUUGGUGAAAGAAAAACUGAACUAUGUCAUUUUGUUGUUCGUAUCUGAUUUUAUCUGUGCUCCUGAUUUGUGAGUUUGCAAUUGA